AUGCUCAAGGGCGCAAGGAAGGGAAGAGAGGAUGAUCAUGACAUAGAUCAUUCUAUUAUUAAGAGGAAGAGGGGGAUGGAGAUAAUGAGCUUGUGGAGCCUACAUUUUCAUAUUUGUGGGUUGUGGAUCAGAACUAUUGUUGAUAUAGCAUUGGGAUGGGGUUUGUCAGUGAUAGCAUCAAUAUACACUCUUGGUCACAUUUCUGGCGCCCAUUUUAACCCUGCGGUCACAAUUGCCUUUGCUGCAGCUCGAAAACUACCACUGCUGCGUGUAAGAACUUAUCAAACAUUAAGCAAGUCACAUUUUGACAUGGUUCCUAUAUAUGCACUACCUCAAUUCUUGGGCUCUACACUUGCAAGUCUCACCUUGAGAGUAUUAUUUAAUCACCAAGAGGGCAUACUACCAACUCUCACUCAGUACAAAAGUCCAGUCACUGAUUUUGAAGCUUUAACUUGGGAAUUCUUAAUGACUCUCAUUUUGAUGUCUCUGAUCUGUGGAGCUGCUACUGAUGAUAGAGGGCUAGGAUAUCCUCCUAAUCAGUUUACUAUCUUCAACUGCAGAACAAAGAGCAAGCUGGAGCCAAUCACUGGAGCUUCUAGGAAUCCGGCAAGAAGUUUAGGCCCUGCAAUAGUCUCAGGUGUCUAUAAGAACCAACGGGUCUUCGUUAUUGUCCUAAUGCUUGGAGCCAUGACAGCGACUGGGUGA